CUUUAUUCCUCCGCUGGGUUGUUUUUCUCUGCGCAUUUAUUAGCAUUCAGAGGUUGCUGCUGUUUUCUCUUGUUCCGUCUCCCACGUGCGUCUGCCCAGUUGUCAAAGGGCCUUAUCGCUCCCGGGCUGAAAGGAUUCAACCCACCAAUUCUGAGUAAUCCCCUUUUUUUCCCCCUCUCCCUAAAACGUACACACAACUACAUCAGAUCGGUAUUGUCGGAUCAGGGUUUUUUUUUUUUUUGCCAGCCAGCCAGCCAGCCUGCCUAAUUUUACGGUGCACCAUAUGGAUGGUGAUAAUUCUACAACAGAUGCUUCACAGCUGGGAAUUGCUGGAGAUUACAUUGGUGGUAGUCACUAUGUGAUCCAACCUCAAGAUGAUACUGAGGAUAGCAUGAAUGAUCAUGAAGACACAAAUGGUUCCAAAGAGAGUUUUAGAGAACAGGAUAUAUACCUUCCUAUUGCAAAUGUGGCAAGGAUAAUGAAGAAUGCUAUACCUCAGACAGGAAAGAUUGCUAAAGAUGCAAAAGAAUGUGUGCAGGAGUGUGUCAGUGAAUUCAUCAGUUUUAUUACAUCAGAAGCAAGCGAGAGGUGUCAUCAGGAGAAACGGAAGACAAUAAAUGGAGAAGAUAUUCUCUUUGCUAUGUCUACUCUGGGGUUUGAUAGCUAUGUUGAACCUUUGAAAUUGUAUCUGCAGAAGUUUAGAGAGGCAAUGAAGGGAGAAAAAGGCAUUGGUGGAACAGUUACCACAGCAGACGGCCUUAGUGAGGAGCUCACAGAGGAAGCAUUUACUAACCAGUUGCCAGCAGGUUUGAUAACUACAGAUGGCCAACAACAAAAUGUCAUGGUUUAUACAACGUCCUAUCAACAGAUUCCUGGUGUUCAGCAAAUUCAGUUCUCAUGACUUGAAGAAGGCUUUAGAGACGUAGUAAAUAUGAACAAGGAUUGCUAAAGGAAAGAGAACUUGAUUGGCUAGUGAAGAAAGGUCACUUUGUAUAUUCAAUAGUUGUAAUGUAGCUUCCUGAGGCUUGACUAAUUGAGAUGUGAACUCUGAUUCAAACCUUUUUUCAUGAGUGAUUUUAAAAGAAAUUGGAUUUUAAAGGUAUUAAAAUAUUUUUUUUGUUUUGUACAAGAGUUUGUUGCUCUGUAUAACUCCUAUAUGCAUUGUAUAUUGCAAUUUACUACUGUCAAGAGAUUUGUAGACAGUUUCUUAUUUUCAUAUUGAAUCAUGUUACUUUUGUAAUUCAAGUAAACAGCUGGGUUUAAUUCACAUUUACCCUUUGAAUAAAACAUAAGGGUACAGUUCAUUUUGAAUGCAAGUUGCCUUUAUUAUAAAAAUUGAGAUGACCUUUUGUUUUGUAUCUGUCUUGCAUGAGUUGAAUUAAAUAUUUAUUAAUAUUUAACUUGAAUUUCCUCAAAUGCCCACAGUUCAAAAUAAGUGCUCCCAGUACUUUUAAUAUAAUACUUUAAAUAAUGGGAAUCUAGAAGUAACCAAUCUUUGGAUCCUAGCAUUAUAACCUUGGGUCAUGGUCCCUGGGAACUAUUUUGCACAAGCUGUAAAA